AUGUCUGACCAAAUCCAAAAUCAUGACCAAAAACAGUACGCAAUUAUCACAUAUUCAGAUUCCGAAGAUUCCAGUGAAGCUCAGGCAUUAAGCCUCAUGAAUCAUUACUACAUAAACGAAGCUUUCGAAGAAGCUGAGAGAUACAGCUCUUCGGACGAUGAAUCUUAUGAAAUAAUGACGUAA